CAGUGGGUGUGUGACUCCCCUGCCAAACCGAACCGGCGCUGUGCUUGCCUGGUUGCCCGUGCCUUAUUAUUCACCACCCUCCUCCUUCUUCUGCCUCGCUUCUUCCUUUUCCCUCCCCAAAGCAAUAACAAGAAAGCAAACUACACGCAAACCUUUAUCGCAUCGAGUGUCAUCUCUCACAGUCCAGAUAGUCGCGCCAGCUUCUGCCCAGCCUGCCAUAACACGCAUCAGCCGAACCCAACUCCAGCGCUUCAGCACAUUAGCUUGUUUCUGAAGCCCUCCAACCUCAACUUAGACGAUCAAUAUGGCUUCCAUGGCGGCAGCUGCUCGCGAUAUCCCCUCGCCCUCUGCAGGCCGAGACAACUUAACUGUUGUAGCGGCCAGAGGCGAUGCGGCGACUGUGAUACGACCUCCAACCCUCCCUACUCCCCCUAACUCUAUAUCUCCAGCCCUUCCGGCCCACGGCCUCAAGGCCCAACUCCGCAAGGCCAAGCUUGAGCCCAUCGACUCUGACUUGGACCUCCACGAAGACAGGCCAGGCCCUGACCGAUCUGUGUCCCCCGCUUACGGUGACGCUGGCGCCAUCUCUAGUGACAUGCUCGCCAAGCUGCACCUACCCGAGAUCCUGCUCAACCACGGACCCUUGGCCAUCAGACACAUUAUGGGUUAUCUUACCGCGUCGGUCGCGGGAUUCUCAGCGAUCCCACCGACAAAGGCCCGGAGAUUAAUUGUAGGUGCCCUCGAAGGACGAGGGGUAGAGGGAGGCGGUGCUGAGAGCGAAGUGGAAUUCGAAAAGGUUGGCUGGGGACGUUGGAACGCCAAGCGACGAGGACAGUUUGGUCGCGAGCCUCAGGGCACGCCGCCAGAUUCUCUUCCUGCAGGUAUUCCCAUCUCCCGCAACGCCUUGCGAGCCCACGAUCGCAGCGCAGCACGCGCGUUUGGAACCAGUGGCGAUUCGAUUCAGUUUUCCCACGACGACCACCACUCGCUCGGCCACGACGCCGACAACAUGUCCAUGGAUGGAUAUGAGUCGGCCUCUUGCUCCGAGGCUCCGGAUGAUGACGUUGUCAUGAACGACGAUCCCGAAGACGUUACGGAUGACGAAGACUGGGCAGAAAUGGGCGCCGCCGCUCUGCGCGCCGAGUCUUACUCGGCCCCUUUUGAUGGCGCCUUCUCCCUAGACGGCAAGAUUCCUCCAAACACCUAUGCCGGCAGACUUCAAUCUUUUUCUGGAAUGGCUCGACCACCCCAGGCUGCCGGCAUGAACUUUUCCGCGCUCCCAGGUGCUUCUGAUGCCCAGGAGCGCGAGGCCAUUGAAGCGCUUUUGCGACUUGGCUCUGUAUAAUACCCGCCCCCUUCUUAUUUUCCUUUUAUCUUUUUAUCAACUUUGCAUGAGCGGCGUUUUACGAGAGGAAAAUCUUGGGACUUCUUUUUUAUUACAACUUUGAUUUUUUGGGAGCGAGCGAGGGAAAUGAUCACAACAAGGCACUAGCUCAACUGGCUAGAACAAAGCAGGAAUAUGCGUCUACCUGUGGUAGCUUGAAUAGAAGCGCUCUGUCAACGACCACAAUUAUGAUUUUGAACGACGCGGUUCCGAGCAAUCACCAUUUCUCGAGGAUUCUUUUUUACUCUUUUUUUUUAAGUUUAACUUUGGCGGCGACUUAUUCCUGGCACGCUACUGGAAACGAACAAACGACAAUAGAAAGCGGGAACAGAUCGUCCCUUUCAGACGACAAACAAUAUCCGCUUUUCUUACAAUAGCUCCUAGUUGCGAGCAUCGAGCUCUGACUGGGUGUCGAAUUUACAACUAGCCUUGCUACUUGUCGUUCUACAGAUGAGCAGCAUUCGCCCAUAUCUUGGGCUGCCCUCCCUCAUCUAGAUAGCGACGCUUUUGGCAAAGGCAUAUGGCACUGGCUUGUAGCAGACUUGCAAUCCUACAGAAUAAAUACACUUUCUGCACUGGUUACCUCGCUUGUCAACUCGACUUCACUCCACGGUUAAGCUGUUGUUAUUGUACGUGCUUGUAGGCACGCACAUAACAGCGCGGCCGUUGCUCUUUAUUGUUUGCUAUUACGGAUACCCCCUUUGGUUUUAUUACAAUUAAUAAUCUAUAUAAACAGCUUUUGGUGCAGGCCUGCUCAACUGGCCGAGCAGGUGGAUUUUUCAACAGACGGAGGCUGGUCCCUCAUAUACAGCUGGGAUACAGGACGGAAGAGAACAGGAACAGAGGUCUAUCUCAACUCAACGGCAGUGGCACAUGGAUGUCACUGGAAGAUGGAUAGAUGGAAAGAGUGGCAGGGCGGCGUGGGUUUUGCAACAUGCGCUAUUUAGUUAUACGUAAAGCGAAUACAAAACAAAAUCCUGCAAACUUUGGUUCGGAUAGUGAACUCUAAAGCAUUUGUUUUCUACGUGAUGUUAUGAGGACUGUAAACUAACAGCCAGCCGAGCCGGCUUGUAUUACGAUGCAUUGCUUGCUGAUAUUACUACUGCCAAGAUGCCAUAAUCAAACAUCGGCAAGAUCUCCAGAUGCGCGCUCUUCGGAUUGAGACCGCACCAGGACAUAGUGACGGGGGAUGGUCAAUAUUGGCGGAGAUGCUACGGAGGGGUGCAAGCACCCGGCGGCAUCAAACCCGCGCUUCGGAAAUGCAAUAUACAUCAGGGAGUGGUUCAUCUUGGCGGGUCGGAAUGGCAAGGCCGCGCGUGUUCAGGGCGACCAUCUAUAUGAUGCUGAGGCAAAUGAUGCAAUCCUUGGCUGGUGUAUGAGAUGGGGCGAGUGUUUUGGGGGUGGCGGCCAGGCCAGGCCAUUUGCAUGCCAUUGGGUAUCGCUGGAGGAGGCUUCAUUUAGCCUACAGUGUGCUGUUUAGCCUAGCGAUUAAGCUUAGGUCGCUAGUGGCAUGCAUUGUCCGUUGAACGGUUAGUCAUAGGAUUUAAAGUUGUGGCAGUCGGCGACUCAGCCACACAACGAGCGCCGAUGGCGGCGGGCGAUCAACAACGAGCUGCGUGGGUAUCGCGAGAAUGGUGAAAGAGUUUCUAGAAUCGCACUAUUGGGACGAGGGCGUUGAGGCCAGGGGGGUCUUGGCGACUGGGCAAAGGUUCUUAGCUUUAUGCUUGGUGGGCUUGGCGGGCGAAAGACGUGCCAAGGUUGGGGUUUGCGCGCAGGCGAGAGACGAGGAUCGGCUUGGCUUCUCUGGGCCAGGGGUAGAAGGGAAAAAGAAGGAAGAGAGGAAAGGGCGAAGAGAAAGAUGAUAGCAAAAGAAGCGAUUGAAAAAUAAGUAAAGGUAGUGUGCGAGCUGUGUGUAAGGAAAGACGAAAGAUUGUGGUAUAUAACGAAAUGGAUUCGCGCAUAUACCGAGAGGUAUGCGACAAAAGGCACAACAGAGAUAAGCCCAGUCUACCCCACGUGCUGAGCCAAGACUAACAACGGCGACAAAGAAUGCGUUUUGAAGUAUUGCUGGUGGAGGGAGGCUGUGGCAUGAUCGCAGGCUCCAUAGCGACUGACUAGUGGUAUAGUACGAGAGUGUGAAUGAAUGACGUCUAUAUCGGGAAGCUUCGCUGCCGGAACAGAAAUGGACAGCCAGCUGUAGCGAGACCAGCACUCCGAGACACCCGACGUGCCGAAAAUUUGUUAGUGUGUAGCAGCACUACGGUAGAAAACUACCUGGAGGUGUCUAGCGGGUUGAGCAAGCAUAGAGAGGGGAUGCUGUCUGCUGCUGCUACUGCCGUAUGUACGAUGAUGCGCGUGAGCCGCAAGAAAGCAAUAGUCUGUGUGCCGUAUGCAGCUUUGGGCAGCAAAGCAAGCAGAAGUACAAGGAAGCAAGCAAGCCACCGGUAGGUAGAGUAUGGUGUGCUGCUGCACCAAUUACUGUACCAAUCAAGUACCGUAACGAGUAGCAGAAUGCGCGAGACGGUGGUGGAGGCGGUGGUAGUGGAUGCUGUUUUGUGGUUGCAAUGUAGGAUUGCUGUGCUGUAGAAAAUGACCUUAUUUUACGUGUUAUUGUUGCUGUUGGUGGUGCAUGCUACUGCAGCAGCGUUGCUAUUUUCUUCUCGUCUUCUUUUUUUAGGAGUGUAACCAGACAGACCACCACCCGUCUUUUGUUAACACAACACCACGAUUCUCAGUAAAAAUACAAAACCAUAGAAGUAUUAACUCUUGCUGAGCUGAGCGUCAGUCAGUCAGACCGGCGUGAUUUGCUAAGCGGACAUACAACAGUUCGUUAAACCAAAAGUUCGUUAAACCAGAGACAAAAGACACAACGCGGCGUUGCGGGGGUCAAGCAAACGGGCGAGAAACGCGGAGGUGACGACUUUUCUUGGCACUUGGGCUUGGCGGCCUUGGUCAGUUUGCUUGGCGCCGAGCCUGCACAGGGCGGCGAGCACUGAGGCAGUGGGCUGGGCGCCAAGACUCGAGCUAAAAGCUUCUUUUUUGGCGGCGCCGAUAGGGGCGGUACUCUUGACUGUGUGCUUGUAUGUGUGGAGGGUAUACUGUAAAAGAAAGGAAAGAAUAUGAAUAUGAAAUCAAAAUAAUAUCAGCAGACAAAAAAAGAGACAAAAAAGAUAAAACAGGUUUUGCAUAGAAUGUGCGACGAUUGCUGGUGAGACACACUGCGCAGUGCCGGAUACCGAUCGGAGGGGGCCGAUACAGCAGCUACAGUAGUCGUUACAGGUGAUGCUGCUGGUACUGCUACAACUGGCUAUUGUCCCUCCCCUGCGAUAGCUGUUGUUGUUUAUUGUUGUUAGUGUGUUUGGCUAAAUUACAACAAGACUGGAGCAUGCGUAGGACGAGUAAUUCCUG